GAGAGAGAGAGAGAGAGAGAGAGAGACAUAGGAGCUGAAGCCCUCGCUCCUGCUUGUUCCAUCUGAUGCAGAGACAGUGUUGCUAAGGGCAACUGUUCGAGAAAGAGAGAAGGAGAUAGAUGAAUAUUUGGGAAUAGUCUGGUAGGAGGAGUGGCAGCAGAGAGGCUUAGGAGAGGUAAGAAGGAGAAAAAGAGGAGAAAAACCUGCCUCCUCUGCAUAACCUGCCUCGCUCUGCUUUGCUCGAGUGAGCCCCAGAUGAUGACGACUACAGAUCAGAAAACAGGCAGGCAGAGGACACGACAUCCUGCCAGCAUCAGCAGCAUCGAGGCAAACUGCCCUAUCAUCAGCUGACGUGCAGCCAAUGAGCUGCCAGGAGGCUCCUCCCCAGCACAACCACUCAGAUGCAGAGACAGCACCCGCCUGCUUCAGAUCUGUUAUUAAUGAAUGGAGCGGCUCCCGGGCUGGAUCACUGCACGUCUCUGCUCUCUGAUCUCUGCUACUCUCUGCUACAACACAGGAAGGAAACAUCAUUGACAACCAGGAAAUCAGCAGUAGAAGAAGAAGAGUUGUUCAGCUGAGAUGAAGCGACGACAAAGAAACAGAGACAUUCAUGAUGAGGAAACAACCGAGGACAUGGCUGCUGCUAUUAAAAACAAAGAUCCACAUCCUGAAAUCCAACCCCCGGACUCACCUUCUCCAUCAUCGUCCUCUCCACCUCUCCCUCCGUUAGCCAUGCCUCCUUCUACAUCAGCCUCAGCCCUCCUGGCUCUGGCUUCUCCAGCCACCCGGCGCUCCAUUUCCAUGGGAGACUUUCGGAGGGUGACAGGGGCGCUGCUAGCAGGUUCAGAGCCCCACUCCACCUCCGCUACGGCCCCCUCCUCCAAACUGGUCACCCCGAGCUCCAGCAUGGAGUUUGAGGCAGCUCGACGGCGCCUCCUGGAGGUCGAGGAGCGCCAACGUGUCAUCAGAGAGAUGGAGCGGCGACUGGAGGAGCUCAGGGAGGUGUUUGUGCGCUCGGAGCAGGAGGUGGUGGUUCACGGGGAGUUGGUGUCACGGAUUACCACAGCGGCCCAGCAGGGGGAGCUGUACGUGGCGGAAAACGGACAACGGCUGAAGAAAGGCCUCAAGUUCAAGAAACAUCGACCUACAAUUGUGUUCUCCUCCAUGCUGGGACUUCGCACGUGCCUCCCCUGGCCCGUAAAACUCAAAUAAGACAACAAAGAAGACGCUCGCUGUAGAAAUGUGCUUCGCGCCAGUUGGAAGAUAGACUUCUUAUCUCAACACAGCUGCUCUAAAGUUACCACCUUUCUGCUCUUGUAUCCUGAGGCUGGUCCUCCAGGUCUUUAGAGUGCCUACUAUUAUCACAAAUGCUAGUAAGGGGCUUCCUGUUGUGUGCAUUUCCAAGGAAACUCUCCUGCUAGAGAGCCAAUCAAACUAGUACCAGUGCGACGCGUACCGGAUGUCAUUUUGUCUUCAUCGCUCUCAGAACUACUUUGCCGCUUGCAGGGUGGCGUGAAAGAGAUUGUUCGUUGAUAUAGAUAUGAUGGAGUGUGGAUGAGUCAUUUUUCAGGUGAUGUGGGAGGAGAGGUUCAGACCGGCUGUGCUGUACACCUCUAAACUUAUGCAGCAACGAGGAUUAUGUAAUGCAUAACUUCUUCUCAGGAGAGGGGGAGUCGAGAAAAGAGGGGGAAAGAGAUAAAGAGAGAAGACUGCACUGCUGAAAGAGAAGUGAAGGGCAGUGAGGGAGAAUCAGAGGUGAGGCUAUGUAGGGAUUGCUGCACUGUUACAUAAAACCAACAGUGCAGUAAAACAGGCAGCGUGAGAAAAAAAAAGAUAAAGUGCACAAAGUGUUGAAUUUUGUUGGCAUAUGCAGAAAAUGUGCCUUUUCUUCUCUGCUACAACAACCGUGUUUCAGGCAGCAUUUACAAGACAAAGCGAAGGAAGAGAAGGAGAUGAGUUGGUGAUGGGAUGAUUCCACCUGUGGCCUCUUUUUAUCCAGUCACCUAGCAACCGCUCAUCUCUCCAUCCUAAAUCCGCUUUCACUAAAAUACAGAAUGUAUUCAGCAGAGCACUGUAACCACAACACAACUAGACAGCUGUGCGUAGAAGGAUUUAAGGAACGAUUUAUUGGCUGUAAUGUUUUUAGAAAUAAAUUAGAUUUGACUCUAGAAGUGGUUCAAGGUCCACUUUUAUUCAACGUUAGCGGGAAUGUGCUUAAGGUUGAGCCAUGCAUGCAUGAACGAGGACAGCUAUGGGAGGAUAUUACAGCUGAAUGUGUUACAAAGGAGCUAUUUAGAGCUAUAAAACACGAUAGCAUGUAGAGCAUUUGUAGAAACAAAGGGUGUAAGGCAAGAAUUAACCAAUCAGUCUUGUUCUUACUUAGUCUGACAGAUCAUUUAGUAACUGUGUCAGUACGACAUAUAUGUGGGGCAUCUUUGUCUCCCAUGCAGAUGAUGACCUGAUUUCUACAUAUAGAAACAGGUCUCUCUUUUUUUUUGGCCUAAUUCUUUCCUUUGUUUUCCUUCUCUUCACCUUCACAUUAGCAUCGACUGAGUAUCUCCCGUAUUCGUCUGAUCCUCAAAACCAAUCUCCCGCUUCAGCUGUGUGUGUAUGUGUGUGUGUAGAAAGCACAGCCAGUACACCAGGGAUGUCUAUUUUUGGCACUGGGAGGUUAUGGUAGAGAGGCAGGCGUUCAAUCCUGGAACUGCUUUGGUUUGAAAAAGGAUGCACGAUGGAGGUCAUAGUUCCUGUUGAAUUGUGCUCGUUUCUAAACAGAUCACAUAAGGUUUCUGCUGACAAAGACUCCCCGGUUCUCCUUUGUUUGCUCUCUUGUCAUAAAUAACCUCACUGGAGAACAAAGAGAUGCACGUGUUUUGAGUGUGUAUUUUCUAUAAGGUUUUUAGAAAAUCAUCAUGUGCACUUAAAUCUUCCAACUUUGAUUGCACCCUUGCAAAGACAAGCUUGUUUGGACAUGUUGCUGGAUCAUUAGAGUCACACAAAGACAGCUGCUCUUUGUUUCUGUCAAGCCAAGGGCGGCUGAAAAACCAUUGAUGUGUAACUCUGACAACAGGAUGUCUGGAUCAGGGAGGAAAACAUGAUGCAUGUGAAACUCGAUGCAAAGACUAAUGGCAUGAGUUGAAUAAUGAAGGUUGAUGCAAAUCAGGGGGAAAUAAGACUCAAAGAACACUUGGUUGUUUUGUAUUUUAAAUAUAAGGGCUUGAAUGAUCCGUUUGUUGGGAGCAUAUUUUUAAAGAGGCAUUUCAACAUUUUACGCACAGUUUAACCCUCACAUACCGUUCAAAUCCUGUACCCUCACAGUAUGUUCCGGGUCAAAAUUGCUCCUUCAAAGAAUUCAAAGAGCAGCUUUCUGUCACAGAAAGUUCUCUUGACUAGUUAGGUCAUUUUGACCUCUGUCUAGGUGUGUCUGUGUGACUGUAUGUCUGUGUGCGUGUGUGUGUUUCUGUCAAGGUAAUGAUAGUUUCAUGUUGAUUUGAAUAUAUCUUUUUGAACAACAAACCUUAUAUUGAACACGGUUGUUACUGUUUGUCACUUGUCCCACACUGCUAGAUCUAAAAUCCAUCUAAAUAUAGAUAUAGGUCAAAUUUGACCCAUAACAGCCUUAGAGGGGAAAAAUUUGUAUAAAAUAAACAAAAAUACACAUGAAUAUUUUAAAAUUAAUUUCAUGUAUUUUGGGUUAUUUCAGGAAAAGUCGUCAAGUUUCAGGCUUAAAAAAUGAUGUUUCGGGUAUUUUUACUGCUGUUAAAAGUCAAGACGGGUCAAAUUUGACCCCGAACGGUAUGUGAGGGUUAAUUCCAUUUGAGACAACCACUGAAAUUAUGAAAGCUGUUUGGAUAUAUUCCCUGAGAAGUCCCGAUGGAAUCCAAAUGCAUUAUGGGAAAUGUAGGAUGUAGAAAUAAGGAGUGCCCCUUUCUUCUAAUAUCACAGACUGUAACUUUUAACAUCCUCAUCAUUGAAUGUUCACUCUCUUUAUAAAAGCAUUUCUAAUGGCCAUGGGACGCACUACUUGCUGUCUAUGUGCACAUCUAUACCAAACAUUACUCAGCUAAGCUAGUUUAGCUAGCCGAACACUCAGCAGAAUCGAAGGGUCUCCCAGGCCUUAAACGUAUACUCAUGGUCCUAUGUACAUAGCUGGAGUCAAUACUGCGUAUACAGCUGGCCUAUGUAUUGCUUCAUUCACAUGCCUUAUGCAGUGUUUGUGCAUUUGCAGCGAUUACAGCAGAUAUGAAGGAGAUGGUAAACAGAACAGCUCAUGACCAUCACUGACCUCAUUGAAAACUCAUGCACUGUUGUGGGACUGAACUUUUUGUGUAUUUCUAUGAAUGAAGGAAGAAAACUACAUUUCCCAAAGAUCUCUGGGCCCACUCGCAGAAUGAAUGUAAUGUUAAUUUUUAACUGAACUACUUUUCCUCCCAUUGAAAAACACUGUUCAUAGAGUGCGUACAUGUUGUUUGAGCCUGUUGUUGGUAUUUUGUUUUCACUUUGAUUCAUUUUAAGCCAAAAAACAAACAAAAAAAAGUUUCAAGAUCUGGGAACUAAGUUACAUCAGCUCUUUCAUCCCUUUAGUAACACAAACGCACAGGUCCAAAAUUUUCCUAAUUUUUGAUUAUCCUUGAAUGUUUUGAUAUGUUGUGUUUGACUACAUGAUGUUGGGUGUUUCAGCUCUGCAAAUGAAAGCACAGAACUUUUAGUUUUCCUUGAUUCAGGUGAAAAUGAUCCGUUACUGACAGUGUGAUGAAAGUUUUUGUUCAUUAAGAACUGUAUAUUCUACUUCGUUAUGAAUGUUAAGUCAAACUUUACUUGGAAAAUGUUAUCUGCUCAAUGCAAACAGAAGGUUUGGGGUCAAUUUGCUGUUUAAUUAAACAGCUUUAUACACAGUUGAAGAGCCUUAAUUUUAACCGUUUAUGACAGGUUUACAGGUAUGAGACACACAAAGAUGAUUGGCCAUCAAAUGUUAAACUAACCUGACUGACAGGAAGUAGACCCCAAACCUUUUUGUUGUAUUUGCACUGCUUCUGAAAUGACUUUUGCUUUUUGCUGCACAUUUAAAGAAUGAAUGUUCUGCUAACUAUAAUGCUUCAAUUUUUCCACAACUUAUCUACGUUUCUUGACACUUCAAUUUACUUGAGCAAAGAGCAACAAUGUGUAAGACUAUUAAAUAAAUAAAGAGUAGUAAUGGAAGCUAGUUGAUAUAAAGACACCGGAUUCCUUUAAAGCAUAAUCAGGUUUUGUAAAAUAAACUGAAUUAUUAGAAUAAAUAAUCUAAAAACACAAGA